GUAGUUAUUAAAAACAACCGUCAUAUUGAGUAUAAAUAUAUUCGAGUGACUCCUCUUGGUAGGCAUUUACCAAAAUGCAGCAUUUUCUGGCUUCAGCAGUUCUCCUGGUAACGUUGAUUACCAUCAGCGUCAGUGGUGAACUAAUAGCCGUGGUACAGAUAUUCAGACAUGGACAUCGUACACCAGGAUCAAGUUAUUCCACCGAUCCAUAUGAAGACCGGUCAUACUGGGAUGGACUUGCUGAAGGACAAUUAACGAAUGUAGGAAAACGUCAGCAUUUUGCUUUGGGUCAGUACACUCGGCGCCGUUACCAUUCUUUCUUACCUGCAAAAUAUAACAAUACAAUGUUCUACGCACAAACAACAGACGUAGAUAGAACUCAUAUGUCAGCCCAAAGUAAUGUCUAUGGACUCUAUCCUGCCGCUGGUAGUCAAGUAUGGCGUAAGGGAGUCGAUUGGCAAGCAAUUCCUAUUCAUCCUGCAAAUUCCAGUAUUUUCGACAGUAGCUUUUAUCCAAGUGAUUGUGCAGCAUAUACGCCCCUAUUAACGGCCGUUCUCAACAGUGAAGAAUAUGAAGAAUUAAAUGAAAAAUACUCAGAUCUUUACGCAUACCUAACCGAACAUAGCGGAGAUAAUAUCACUGACUUUACGGAAACUUAUACAGUAUGGGAUUGUUUGAAAUCGGAGGAUACGGCUGGGUACAAACUCCCCCAUUGGACAAGAUCCGUUUACCCAGAGCCUUUACGUACUGUAGCGGGAAAGAUUUUCGAAGUAUUUUCACAUACCAAGAAAAUGAAGAGAUUCGUUUCUGGAUUGUUUCUCAAUGAAGUGGUAGAAUAUUUAGAAAGCAUGGCAGAAGAUUCAAGUGCAUCACAGAAAUUCAUGGUUUAUAGUGGACAUGAUACUAAUAUAGCUGCAACGCUGAACAGUUUUGGAGUUUUCGAUCCUCCUUAUCCUCCUGAGUAUGCUAGCACUAUAUACAUAGAACUUCACAAAGUCAAAGAAUACAUAGUAAAAGUAUUUAUUAAAGAUGAUAAAUUUAUCAAGCAGAUCAGUGUGAAUGGAUGUGAUCUUAACUGUCCUCUCUCUGAGUUCAGAAAUAAAUUAAGCGAUUACAUAGUAGACGCAGAGACCUGGAAUGAAGAAUGCGCUGCAGCUACUACCGGUGGAAAGUAUUUGCCUGUAGGACAAUACUCGCAGGAAAAAAUUUUUGAAAAAUGGGGAAGAAAAUCUACCUAAUUAUAUUUCUAUAUAUACUUAACAAUGAUUGUUGAUUUUCUCUAUUUUAUCGGAAAAAUGUUAUUAUAGUUUUAUCAAAUACAUAUUGUUUGGAAA